GAACGCGAGCUCUUGAGAGUUAAAAUUGCCUGCUGGGCCGGCCUAAUUGCGCAGUCCCCUCCCGUACGCAUGGGGCGCUGUAGCUGCACUAGGUCAGGCUCCGCUACUUUCUCACUAUUUCUGCGGAGGACUCGCUACGCUCAGAGCAGCCAUGGCCACCGCUUUCUCGCUCCGCUACCUCUACAGAGCGCGACCCGUGCCGCGCUUCCUACAUGUUGCGCUGCAGUGGUUUCCACAGCGUGGUCACCGACUGUCGCUAGCUGAUGAUGAAUUGUAUCAGCGGACUCACAUUUCUCUGCUGCAACGCGAGUUCCCGCACAUCAUGUACAUUGACAGUUACAACAGCCGAGGCUUCACUAUCAACGGAAAUCGAGUGCUCGGUCCUUGUGCGCUGCUCCCGCACUCGGUGGUACAGUGGAAUGUGGGAUCCCACCAGAACAUCACAGAAGAAAGCUUCUCCCUCUUCUGGUUGCUGGAGCCCAGGAUAGAGAUUGUUGUGGUGGGCACUGGAAACAGGACUGAGCGGCUACACUCUAAGGUGCUGCAAGCCAUUAGGCAGCGGGGCAUCGCUCUGGAAGUGCAAGACACACCCAGUGCCUGUGCCACCUUCAACUUCCUGUGUCAUGAAGGCCGAAUGACAGGAGCUGUACUCAUCCCCCCACCUGGAGAGACUUCACUCACAUAUAUGAGCCAAGAUGCAGAAUGAACAGGAAGUUAUCAGCUGUUCAGGAGGGACACUUUUAUAAAAAAGUGCAGAUGUUCCCAUUGUUUUCACUGUCCUCUCCAUUGGCGCUAAACACUUUUCAUGCUUGACAGGAAUAUAAUUUAUACAAUUCUCCCA